CGCCUGAGCAGGAGAGUAGAAAGCUCGGCGGCAGCGGAGGGAGUCUAUGCGCGCUGGACAGCAGUGGGGGGUGUGUGAGACUCGCACUGCCUGCAGACACUCGGGCUCCAUCGCCUGGGAUUAAGGACUUGGCGACGGCGCUGCCGGAAUACCCGGCCGAGGCUUCAGAGGUGCAAAUUGAAGGGACUGGUUUGCUCGGCAGGGCCAUACUAGUCUUUUAAGUACACUGAGAGGAGCCGGUGCUAAAGUAGAAGCUGUCGUGGGACGCGCAGCGCGGAGUCCCACUGUGGCCCGGAGGAACGGAGUCCGUGCUAGAGGGACCCAGUCGGGAGCCUGGGGACCGAGCUCGCCUUCUUGGGAGACAACCCCCUCUUCUUCCCAGAGGCGUCAAUCCCAGGACGGUCGAGGCGUCGGGGCAACCACUGAGCGCUCUGCGGGGAGACCCCGUCGAGGAGAGGACUCACAGUCCCAAACAGUCUGGGAGAGCCGAUCGGAAUCCGGCGGGAUCACUCGGGGGCGGCGAGCCCCCGGCGCGCCUCGUGCGGCGGAGAGGCCAGGGGAGAGAGUCCUCGGAGGCCGCAGCCCAUGCGCGGUUUGGGGACGCCUGCCCAGUGAGUCCUCCUGGCCAGCCGGACGCAGGAGAGCGACCCCGAGGCCGGCGGGAGGGGAGUGCUUCAAGGCCGGCGGCUGCGGAGGAUGGGCGCCUGAGUGGCUCCGAGCGCUGCGCGGCACGGGCGGGCGAGGCGAGCUUUACUGAGGAGGCGCCAGGGGAUCCCGAAGUGCAUCCUGCCCUCGGGAAAAUGGCCCGGCCUGGGCAGCGUUGGCUCAGCAAGUGGCUUGUGGCGAUGGUCGUGCUGACGCUGUGCCGGCUUGCCACGCCGUUGGCCAAGAAUCUGGAGCCGGUGUCCUGGAGCUCUCUUAACCCUAAGUUCCUAAGUGGGAAGGGCUUGGUGAUCUACCCGAAGAUUGGAGACAAGCUGGACAUCAUCUGCCCCCGAGCAGAAGCAGGGCGGCCCUACGAGUACUACAAGCUGUACCUGGUGCGGCCGGAGCAGGCAGCUGCUUGCAGCACUGUGCUUGAUCCCAAUGUACUGGUCACUUGCAACAAGCCACAGCAGGAAAUCCGCUUUACCAUCAAGUUCCAGGAGUUCAGCCCCAACUACAUGGGCCUGGAAUUCAAAAAGUACCAGGAUUACUACAUUACAUCAACAUCCAACGGGAGCCUGGAAGGGCUGGAGAACCGGGAGGGAGGUGUGUGCCGUACGCGCACCAUGAAGAUCAUUAUGAAGGUUGGGCAAGAUCCAAAUGCUGUGAUGCCUGAGCAGUUGACUACCAGCCGGCCAAGCAAAGAGUCUGACAACACUGUCAAGACAGCCACGCAGGCUCCUGGUCGAGGACCCCACGGUGACUCUGAUGGCAAGCAUGAGACUGUGAACCAGGAAGAGAAGAGUGGCUCAGGUGCAAGUGGUGGUGGCAGCGGGGACGCGGACAGCUUCUUUAACUCCAAGGUAGCAUUGUUCGCAGCUGUAGGCGCUGGUUGUGUCAUCUUCCUGCUCAUCAUCAUCUUCCUGACAGUCCUUCUACUCAAGCUCCGCAAGCGACAUCGCAAGCAUACACAGCAGCGGGCGGCUGCCCUCUCGCUCAGUACCCUAGCCAGCCCCAAAGGGGGUAGUGGUACAGCAGGCACUGAGCCCAGCGACAUCAUCAUCCCCUUACGGACUACAGAGAACAACUACUGCCCCCACUAUGAGAAGGUGAGUGGGGACUACGGGCAUCCUGUCUACAUCGUCCAGGAGAUGCCACCUCAGAGCCCGGCGAACAUCUACUACAAAGUCUGAAGGCCCAGCAUGGUCUCAGGCUCCACGGGACACAUGGCCUGGACCGGCCUCUCUUUUCUCCCCCACACCUUUCCCCUUGCCAGCUGUGCCCACCUUUGUAUUUAGUUUUGUAGUUUCUUGGCUUUUAUAAUCCCCCCAUUUUUCCUGCCCCCUGGGCUUCGGAGGGGGGUGCUUGUGCCCCCAAUCCCCAUGCUCUUGUGCCUUCCCCCUCUGGCCAGGCCUCUGGGCUCUGUGGGGGUGCCCUUUCUUGGAGGGCAGGGUUGGACACUGAUGGACUACAGGCAGGGAGACAGCCCCCUGGCCCUGCCCCCCUCCUCAUCCCCUUUACCAUUCCCAGGACUGCUCGUCCACUAUCAUCACUGUUUUUAAUGCUUUUGUGUUCAUUUUUUUUUU